UCAGUCGCAGCCGGAGCCGCGGCCGCAACCGUCUCCUCAGACGCGCCAGGCGUUUGAACGGACCGGAAGUGGGGGGGGUUAAUAACUUCCGGCAGUUAGGCUGGGAGGAGUAAGGAGUGCCGGGAAUGGCGACCAAGAAGCUUGCGCGGCAGCUUGGAUUAAUUAGAAGAAAGUCAGUUGUACCAGCAAAUGGAAAUCUAGGAAGAAGCAAAUCCAAGCAGUUGUUUGACUACUUAAUUGUCAUUGAUUUUGAGUCAACAUGUUGGAAUGAUAGGAAACGCCACCAGAGCCAAGAAAUAAUUGAAUUUCCAGCAGUAUUGCUGAACACAUCAACUGGAGAGAUUGAAUCUGAGUUCCAUGCUUACGUUCAGCCUCAAGAACAUCCAAUUCUUUCUGAAUUUUGCAUGGAACUGACAGGCAUAAAACAGGCUCAAGUUGAUGAAGGAGUCCCUCUGAGGAUUUGCUUAUCUCAGUUCUGUAAAUGGAUUCAGAAGAUUCAGCAACAGAAGAAAAUUAUUUUUGCUGCUGGGAUUUCAGAUCUGCCUAAUUCCGAAGUAAAAUUAUGUGCAUUUGUUACCUGGUCAGACUGGGACUUGGGGGUUUGCCUGGAGUAUGAGUGUAAAAGAAAACAGCUGUUAAAACCCGCAUUCUUAAAUUUUUGGAUUGAUCUCAGAGUAACUUACAAGAUUUUCUAUAGAAGAAAACCAAAAGGACUAAGUGGUGCCCUGCAGGAAGUGGGAAUAGAAUUCUUAGGACGAGAACAUUCUGGGUUGGAUGAUUCUCGGAAUACUGCCCUACUUGCUUGGAAAAUGAUCAGGGAUGGUUGCUUAAUGAAAAUUACAAGGUCCUUGAACAAGGUCCCCACUAAGAAGAAUUCCAGCGUUUUUGCCAGAAAUUUGAAUACGAAUCAAGUUGAAGAAAGAUCCGCCUGCAACAGUAGCAUUCAGGGUCUGAGUAUAUAUGAUAGGGAGCCUAAAAAUACAGUAAAUUCUCAUGAAAAAGUUCACAUGAGGCCAGGUGGUGUGAAUUCUCCUAUAAAGGUACAACAGGAUCAGCUCCAACUAAAGAGCAAUAUAAAAGCAGGUCUUCAUAAUGGCAAAAGCUAUUUAUCUCUUUUUAAUACAAAGUCCUCUACUUCUCUGGAGCAGUUGCCGUCUGCCAGCUUGAAUACACCUAUGCAGAAGCACAUAAGAAACGAACACCUUGCAUUUAAUACCAAAUCUAAGUCUUCAGCAAUUGGUUCAGAAUUGGUACUUGUAUCAACUACCAUUUCAUCUGUUAAUCAUGUUUCUGAUACGGAAAUGAGUUCUGCUCUCGAUUGUUUACCUAUGUUGGCUGAUUGGGAGGAUGUAGCUUUACUGCCAGCAUCUCAGCCUGAGCAAAGUAUAGAUUGUAUACCGUCCAUUAGUGACUCAAACUUAGAUACUUCAUUUAAUUCUAUAGAAAGAUUAAUGGUUUUGAAAGAAGGCACAGAAGAAACUCCUCAAAAAUCUGGGACCUCUAAGUCUGUUGUAUAUAAGGGUCCACAUACUACUAUUUAUCAUGUGAAAGAAGCCAAAGAUCCAGAUGCAGAUGUUUCUGACUUUAAAUUACCUGAAUGCAAAUCAAGUAGCUUCAACAGUGUUAAUGCCACUAUGUCUCAUCCUUCAGUUUUGGGGAAAUACCCCCUCAUUUUAGGUGGUACUAAAAGGAAUCUGUCCAGUCCUCUGUCUGUCCCACCAGCAAAAAAACAAACCCUCACUGUUCAUGAAGAAAAGCCUACAUCAUCUGAUGGCUUCCCAGUGGGAAGUUGUUCCCAGGAGGUCCUCCCCUCUGUCUUAGCUUCUACAGUUAACCUACAAGAGCCUUGGAAGAGUGGGAAAAUGACACCUCCUUUAUGCAAGUGUGGCCGAAGAUCUAAGAGACUUGUUGUUUCUAAUAAUGGACCAAACCAUGGAAAAGUCUUCUAUUGUUGCCCAAUUGAGAAAUACCGAGAAAACAGAAAAUGUUGUGGUUAUUUCAAAUGGGAACAAACACUUCAAAAGGAGAGAGCCAACAGCAGAAUUCUGUCUCAUUCCCCAGCGGGACUCACUUUUAGUUCCCCAGAAAUAAGCCAUAUUUGUGACAGAAAUGUAAAUUUUUCUAUUAAAAAUUCAUUGAGACUCAGACCUUCAAUGAGGAAUUGAUAAACUUUCUCUACAUCUAAACUAUGUUUUUACUUUAAUACGACUUUUUGUGUGAUAAAGAGAAAAAAGGCUACAAGUUAUGGGGACUUAGCAUAUCUGAGUCCUGUAGACUGUAUUGGGGCUAUUAAACACACACACACUGAAAAUAGAGAAAAAGUCAAUUUCACAGUCUUCUAAUUUCAUUUAUCAGUUAUCUAACAUUUGUCUUCUAUUCAUGUAUGAAUCCUGAUUGUUCCUUGAAUUUCCAAACAUCAUGAGUAUUCUGAUGAUAGUUGUACACUGUUUUAUUUUUAUGUUGUAUCUUAACACUUGCCAAAUUUAUCAUACUUUUUUGAAGAGCCACAAAUUAAAUAUUUUGUAUACUGCAUUUGAUUAGAUACGAGCAACUGUAGCAUGAUGUUCUUCUUUUAGUUAGACCUUGAAAUGAGUUUAAACUAUUUUUAAAUUACUUGAAUAAAAAUGUGACUAAUAAAAAUCCCUAGCCUGUUUUCAGGUAGAUAUUUAGACUUUGAGAAUUAUGAUAUCUUCUAACUGAGAUUUUUAUUUUUCUAAAAACUUUUAUAAUAAGUUGUUUAGUUUUAUUUCAAAACUUGAAGAUUUGUUCUGAUUUGUAUAUCAACAUAUCAGAAGAAUUAUUCAACUAGAAUUUGAAAACCAACAGGUCAGAAAUUUGGUUCAGAUACUAUGUUUAAAAAUUUCUUAGCACUUGAUGGCAUUCUUUUUAUAUUACCAAAAUCAUAAUAACAUUGACACUAAUGCAGAGGAAUUUACUAAAUAUUUUAUUUCAGAAUUCAGCCUCUGAUGUUAUACCCACAAAAUAUUUUAUUUUGCUUUUUUAAAAGAUUUUAUUUUUUUAAGUAAUCUCUGCACCCUAUGUGGGGCUCAAACUUAGAACCCUGAGAUCAAGAGUUGCAUGCUCUACUGACUGAGCCAGACAGGUGCUCCAACCACAAGAUAUUUUAAAUCAACAAUUUGUAAGUAUAUUAUCACAUUUUUAAUCACCUCCCUAUACUCUUGUGGUUUGGACAGAGUCUUUGUUUUAUAGAUACUGUGAUAAAUAAUAGAAUGGAUUUAAAUUGUUUCCCAUUCUUUCUUCCUCAGUUCAUUUCUUUUUAUCUUCCCACUGAUAGUCUUUGGCAGCUCUUGAACAAAUUCUACCUGUUGGUAUUAAGGGAAAAAAUUAGCCCAGAAGUUUUCAUCUUUAUACAUAGUCAGUUAUAUAGCAGUUUUAUUAUCUGUAGGUGAAAGAAUUAGGAUACCCAUCUGGGUGGGUUUUGGUAACAACCAAAAAGGGAGAAGGGUAUUGUUGAGGAGAUGUUGCUUGAUAUUUAGUAUUUACUACUAGUCCAGUAAACCAAAUGACCCUGCAAAUAAUGUCAAGAGUUUCAUUUUAAUCUCAAAGAUUCUGAUUCUUAUCCAUGUCUUUAGUUCAAUUUGGAAUAUUUGGUGUAGCAUGUUUGAGGAGAAUGUUCAUUAAAAUAAAAAAAUAAACAGCUGAAAUUUGUCAGAACACUAAGCAAAUCGUCAUCAUAAUUAGAAUACCUACCUUUCUGGGAUAUUUGUAAGGUGCUGUAGUGUUUUUUACAUGCUCUUGAAUCUCCUUUUUUAGUUGUUCUUGAUCAUGUGACUUGUAUUCAGGGGUCAGAACAAUAAAAGCCUUUACCACCUGAAAAAAAUAUUUGAAA